AUGCCCAAGAACGCCGAGGUCACCCUGCGCUACGGGCCCUACAGCCCCGUGGGGCUGUCAGUGGAGCACCGCACCUUCCGCCUGGAGGGUCUACAAGCUGUGUUGAUCCAAGAUGGACAUAAGGUGACCCUAGAGAAGAUAGAAGACUGGAAUUUGGUGGAACUCAUGGUAAAUGAAGAAAUCGUCUUCCACUGCAACAUUAAGGACUUGGACUUUGGAGGUGAUGGUCAACUGGACCCCCUGUGUGAGAAGGCCAGGAUCGCUGUGCUAGAUGCCUACUGA